AUGUAUGAGGAGCUACCAAAGAGGAUUUUUAAUGAGGGCGACAAGCCCCAAGUAACUCAGAUCAAUAACAACUGCAGGAUCGACUACAUUAUCAAGAAGUUCGAGAAGUGGAUGCCAAAGGAGUUUGCUGAUGUGAAGAAAGAUCCGGUUUUCUCUCAGGUUUUCAAGCUUCAUGAGAAUGGUCUUGGCUACUCCGCGAGAGUGAUACACAGCAUCUUGUGCAGGGAGCUUCUGACUUACAUGAUGCACGAGCUGUGGACUAGUCUUUCACUUAAGAUUGACUUAGAAGACUAUGCAUAUGAUGGUGGUUUCUGGAGCAAGGUCUUGAAGAGGAAAGAUGAAUCCAUUACACUCUUCAACCUGUGGAAUAAAGACAAGGCAGCUGUGAUGAAGUGGAAGAAUGCAGAUCGCAUUAGACUGAUCUACUUGGCCAUCAUUCUCUGUGUGGUUUUGGCGAGAGAUGAGAAGGCCAAUAUCCCCCUCAAAUACAUCACACUGGUCAUGGAUCUCGAGAAGUUUCGGAAGUAUCCUUGGGGAGUUGCGGCUUACGACCUUCUCUGCAGUUUGAUAGCCAAAAACCGUCACAAACUGAAGGAGAAGACAACAAGUUAUGUGUUAGAUGGAUUCUCCUACGCCUUGCAGAUUUGGGCUAUGGAAGUUGUACCAAAGAUUGGGAAGCUUUGUGGAAAGAAACUGGACAAAAGCUUUGCUAAUGGUCCUAGAUGCAUCAACUGGAGGGGAGCUGCAAAGGUUUCAUAUGAUGAGAUCAAUAGGCUGGAGCAAAUCUUUACAGCAGAGGAUGUCAGCUAUCCAUACAUCUCAUGGGCAGGGAAUAUGGUUGUAAUCCAAAGUCAGGAAUUUCGCAGAGAUGAUGAUGUCGAGGAUGACAUGAUCAAUGUUGUGAUGGAGUUGAUACGGGCUAAGCAUGACUUCAGUGAGCAUAUUUGGGAAUUUGAAGAAACUGAGGUUUCUUUAGAUCUUAAUGAUGAAGCACCAGCGAAUGUUGAAGCAGCUGAGAGUGAGGAAGAGUUCGAGACUCCACAAGGAUCAAAUAACCUAAGCUCUACAUCAAGAAGGGGUAAGAAGAGGGUCCCUGAUCGUGGUAUGGAAAAAAGGAAGCAUAAGGUUCUCUCUAGUGCACCAAAGCAAGCGCCUUUUAACGAAGACAUGAAGGCUUUCGUGACACAGUUGUUUGAAGACAACUUCUCUGCAAUGGAAAAGAGGCUACAGAAACAGAUGUCCGAGACAUUUGAGCAAAUGAAGUCGGACCUCAUUGCUUCCCGAAAAGAAGCAAGCGUUGAAGUUGAGCAUGGAGGGCCUUCACCGUCCAAGGCAACAACGAGCCAACCACCGUUGAGGAGGUCCACACGAGGGGAAGCAUUCGCGAGUCCAGUUAAAUUCAGUCAAGAUGAUGAUAUCUUUCGAGGGAUAGGUACUCAAGGCGUUGAAAAUCUUUCUCAGGCUUCGCAUGUGCCCGAAGUUGAUCCAUCUCAGACAGAUAAGGAAGAAGAUUGGUGGACUCCAAUGACUACAGCGCGAGGUUCACGAGCUAAAGACAAGACACCACCUCUGUCACAGUGGAAGAAAUGGUCUAAAGGAAAUGGCAAAGGACCUCAGCUUAGUGAUACACCAUUGCCACAAGAUGAUUCUCCUGAGUCACAAUUGUAUUAUUUCUCUGAAGAAUCAUGGGACAGAUUCACGCAAUGGUCUAUGAAUCCCAUACCUUUGCAAAUUGGUCCUACAAUCUUCAAUUCGACUGUAGCUACAAGGAUAGUAUGUGCUGGAAAAUGGCUUGGGAAUGACGAAAUGGAUGCUUAUAUGUUUAUAUGGCGAGUUAACACAUCUUUGGGACGUUGGGGCCCAACCCGUGUUGCUUUCAUGUCCGCUAUUUUCAACCUCCAACUCAACGCCGCAUACAAUGUGUUCCACCCUGACAAGAAAUCUUACCAAUUGCCUGAGUUUCUUCUUGGUUACGGGAGAGGAGAACUUCCAUCUCAUGGGCGGACUGAUCUAGUUUGGGGCGUUGAUAUUGAUCGUCUAUACUUUCUGUUGUUUGUGAACGGUAAUCACUGGAUUGCUGUCACCGUAAACAUCAUUGAAAGAAAAGUGGAAGCUUUUGAUUGCGGUGGGAGAAGGAAUAAGAAUAGGCAAUCCCUUGAGAAGUUUGCUCACAUGAUUCCUAGGAGAGUGAAGGCCGUUGCACCACCUGAUAGACAGAAGAAGCAACUCCUGUCACCAUAUACUAUUGUCGAAGUCCCUAUGAAGAAGAGAUUGAACAAGUCAUGUUGUGAUUGCGGUGUAUACGCACUCAAACACUUGGAGUGCCUAUUGCUUGGUGUCGACAUCAGCUUAGUGGAUGACGAAAUCAUCCAGGGUUGCAGACAAAAGAUUGGUGUGGAAUUAUGGGAAGCUAUCCAAAAUCCCAUUUUCGCUGAAGCGAUGACUCGAUAUGUGCCUUCAGCAUGGGAGAGGUCUGAGGUCUUUGACCUUGAAGAAGACUGA